AUGGCCUAUGGCAAGGAAUUCUGCAGUUUGAUUGAUAAUCCAUUUAACGACCGAACCAUUGUUGGCACUGCUAUGUCGGGGGUUGCUGCUACAAUACUUCAUGGGGAAACAACGCAUCCAGCUGUGGGAUUGAACAGAACUCGGGAAAGUGUGGCGAAGAACUUGGUAGAGGAAUGGAGUGACGCACGGAUGCUUAUCUUCGACGAAAUUUCAUUCGCUGGGGAACUUGACUUAGUGAAGAAAUUCCACUACACCAAGACAUUGAUGCAAGACGAAUACCAACCAUUUGGGGUACUUAACUUGGUGUUCGCCGGGGACUACUCUCAACUUGAACCAGUGGGACGCCCCGCAAUUUACAAUCUUCAGCACACUAUUCCUGAAUUUCAUGACUCUCUGAAUUCAUUAUUGAGUUAG